AUGGCAUACUACAUAGGCAGGCUCGAUGCAUUCGAUAGCUCCACGGAGGACUGGAACACUUAUGUCGAACGACUUGAACAAUUUUUUGUUGCCAACGAAGUGGAGGCGGAUAAAUAUGUUCCUGUCCUGCUAAGUGUGAUGGGUGGGAAAGCGUACAGCCUUCUCCGCAACUUAACAGCCCCAGAGAAACCUGCCGACAAGAAGUAUAUUCGACAUUGCGACAUUGUGGAGGGUAUAAAGGGGAAAAUCCCACUCAAAGAUGGAGCUCAGGCAACAUUUCAUAAGGCACGCCCUGUCCCCUAUGCCAUACGGCCUGUAGUAGGGAAGGAACUUGACCGGCUAGAAGCUGAUGGAAUACUUUCCAGAGUCGACUGGAGUCCCUGGGCAACCCCAGUGGUUCCAGUCGUUAAGAAAAAUGGCACGGUCAGGCUUUGUGGCGACUUUAAAGUCACAAUUAACCCAGCGCUCCAGGUUGAGCAAUACCAACUACCGAGGAUUAAGGAUAUUUUCGCUUUUUUGAUUUUUGGGCAGCGUUUUUCAAAGGUGGACUUAGCAGAAGCAUACCUCCAGAUGGAAAUGGAGGAGGACUCAAAGAAAUUUUUGACCAUCAAUACCAUCAAGGUUUUGUACCGCUACAAUAGACUUGUGUUCGGAGUGGCCUCAGCACCAGCAAUAUGGCAACGGGCCAUGGACCAGGUGUUACAAGGAGUACCAGGCACACAAUGCUACCUCGAUGACAUCAUUGUCACGGGGGCCACUGAUACUGAGCACCUAGAGAACCUGAGACAGGUCCUGAAGAGGCUGGAAGACUAUGGACUCCGGGCACGGAGAGACAAAUGUGAAUUCCUCAAGUCCAGCGUCACGUAUUGUGGACACACCAUUGAUGCGAAUGGGCUACAUAAGUGUCAAGAGAAGGUCCAGGCAGUGUUAAAGGCCCCUCGACCUCAAGAUGUUUCGCAGUUGAGAUCCUUUCUGGGGUUUGUGAACUAUUAUCACAGAUUCUUGCCCAGACUGGGGACCACGCGAACGCAGACGGACUGUCACGUUUGCCUCUGGACAAUAUCAAAAACAAACAGGAUGACUGCUACGCAUUAGAUAUGUUCACCCUCGGCCAAAUUGAAAGCCCACCUGUCACAGCAGAAAUGGUACAGGCUGAGACUAGACGUGACAAGGCAUUGUCUCAGGUUUACACAGCCACACAAGCUGGCUGGACAGCAGCCCACAAAACCACCUUAGCUCCUUUCUAUCAGUGUAGAAGUGAACUUACCUUGAAUGCUGGCUGU